UUGUGCAUAUAACUUACCACCGCAGUCGGUCUCUGUUCUUGCCAGGUGCGGGAUGUCGCUAUCCUUCCUUCUCCUGGCCUUUUGGGCCAAUUUUGUUUGCAGCAUCGAGGUAUACAAUGAAGGAGUCAUUACUGAAGGAAUGGUGACUGAAGAGCUACAAGACGAUCCUCACUGUAUAAGUCACAUUCACAAGUUUUACCGUCAGAUGAAGUGUCAGCCAGAGAUGUCGCCUCACUCCAAAUGCCCUACAAGUUACAAGUGUCCCAACAUUGAGGACAGGAGCCCAGAACAUUGCUAUUGGGAUGGGAAUAAGUACCCCAUAGGACACAAUAUCACCGGGGUGUUCCACCCUCCCUGUACUUCCACAUGCCAGUGUGUUCGCCUGCACGAAGGGGUACGAUUCAAGUGCGAUCAGAAGGGAGACAGAAAGAGCUGCAAAUCUGAUCCUGGUUGCAAAAACUUUGGGUUUUAUGACGACUUCCACUGUUGCGAGAAGAGAGUCACCAGCUGUAACCAAGGCAAACAGGUGCAGUGUCAGUAUGACGGAAGAACCUACAAUGAAGGAGAAAUAUUCUUCACCUCAGAAGACAUCACAUGCUCACAGUGCAUCUGUGUCGCCGGCUUUAAUGGUACUAUUGCUGCUCCAUGGUGCCAGAAGCUGUCUUGUGUCCUGGAGCUGUGGGGGGAGACUCCGGAGAAGUUGACCCAGGGCUGUAUUCCAGUCUACAUCACAGAUAGCGGCUGCUGUCCCAUAGCCUUUAGAUGUCCUAAACCAAGCGAUGACGUAAUCAAGGCAGAAAACAAGACGUCUGCGGAGACUGACAAGACGUGCCAGUUUGGCAACCUCACGAUGGAGGUCGGAGAUAGACUCUCACCUUGGAACGAGGCCAGGGGAACAGGCAAAGACGCCGAGUGUAUCUGUGAGGUGCCACCCCUCGCCUCCUGUAUUGUCCAGCAAUUCCUCACUGAGGAUAUCCGACGGAAGUUGGCCAGGGAGGAUCUAGACUGGACGAAGGAUGGACUGUAGAAAAAUUUAACUACAGUAACGACGAAAACGACGAAUUGGUAGAAGAAUACAUAGUUUCUUACAUAGAAACUAUGUAACACAUCUAACGUUUGUUGUUACCGUUUUUUUAAAGUUUUUUUAAGUAUUUUUAAGUUGAAUAGUUGUAUUAAUUUUUUUAUGAUCAACUUCAAACCAAUAAUAUUGGUUAUUAUACUCUAAUAUAUGGAAAUAGUCUAGUCUAGUAAUAAUACAAUACUACUAAUUAUUGCAUUAUUGUAUUGCACUAAUGAUUACACUCCUCACUAAAUAUACAUUUUACUAUGCACCAACAAGUUUAUUCAAGUGGGUUGUAAGGUUUCAUUGUAGACUACAGAAUUCAUUCUUAAAACCGUUAACUUAAUUGUGAUAAUAGAAUGACAUUCACCAUGUUAAAUAUAUAAUAUAGACUCUAAAACAAUGGAAGAUAGUUUCUAAGAAUUAAACUUGUAAUACAAUAUUA